UAUAAACAUCUGCGGUCCCAGCAGGAUACGUCCACGAUCCUCAGGAAACUCGCCGACGAACACCUCGGGAGCUGCAACCCGACGUUGAACCACAAAGAAUUCGAGCUUUUCUACCUUAAGAUGUUGCAGUCGCUCAAGCCGCCCCUGCUUGUUGCUGGGCAUAUUGACGCAUCCUCUACAACGAAUGACGAACAGGAGGAAUACCGCAGGAGGUUACAGACGUGCCGACUGGACCCGGGCAGGCUGCGCGCGCAAGCUGGGAAACAUUUUUCAAUUUUCGGUAAGGGCAACGACCGCGUUGGCAUAUCCGAGGUCAGGCAGAGCAUAAAGCAGAUGUGGUCGCGAGUCAUGCCCAACAGCGACCAGGUGCCCGGGGAACUGGACCGCCAGGUGGUCGAGCUUCUCACCAGCCACGCCGAUGGCCGACACUCCCGUUUCGACAAAGACUCGUGGGAGUUGUUCUAUUGGAAGAUGUUGUCCACGACCUUCCACCACCUCCUGCCCCUGGAGAUUCCAGGCUGCGCGGACUCACCCGACAGCACCAAGGAGUUUGCAGAGGAGUCGAUGUCCGGCGCCUUCGGCGACCAGGCCACGGACCCCUCGCCGACCACGAAGCUCGGCUGCGGCGGCACGGCGGCGUCCCAGGCGCUGCAGGGCGCGGCGGGGCUGGUCCCGCCCAGCCGGAGAGCCUGAAGAGUGGCGAGUUGGCCACCCCUGACCUCAGCGGGUCUCGCUUCGAUCGGUAUCGUUUCACCGAUACACGUCCCCAUCCCCGUCCCCUUCGAGACCCCCACCACCCUCGAGACCCGAAGGGAACGGCCUAUAUCCCCAUCUAGGAGGGUAAAUCGGCCAGUGGGGUCCAGGCCAAGCCGCUGGGGAUGGGGAUCGGACAAACGAUACUCAUUCGAUCUGGCCCAGGGCGGUUUUGAUCCUGGGUGUUCGAGUCUAUGGGCGAAGCGGUCGCCCCUGGCUGAAGAGUGGCGAGUUGAUGGUCACCCCUGACUCGACGAAGAAAAAACGCCAUAGACAUAAACUGUUGGCGCUCCGCACGGGUCUCGUGGAUCCGCGCUGGGCCCCCCCAGGCAGCGCCGCC